AUGCCGCCGAGGCGGACGAAUGCGGCCCCCGGGGGCACCCCGCAGAGGCAGCCGCUGGCGCGGCAGGGCAGCGGGCUGCUGCGGCAGGACAGCGCGCUGCUCGGGAUGACGUUCUCUGAGAUUGAGCGUCAAGUGGGGCCGCUGCACGCGUCAAGCGGGGGACUGGGGAGCAUGAACCUGGACGAGUUCCUGUCGUCGAUCACCGAGAUGGACAUGCAGGCGCUGAUGAGCGGCUCGAUGAACCUCGGCAUGACGAAGUUUCCGGACCCAGCGCCAGCGGGCGCAGCUCCCGCGGCGCCCCCGGAGGAGUACCCCCCGCGGCUCACGCGGCAGCGCAGCCUGGCGCGAGCGAACAGUCUCGGCUUGCGGCAGGAGCACGUGGGAAGGACGGUGCAGGACGUUUGGAACGCGGCGCACCCGAAGGGGCCGGUGCCGCUGGAGGAGCAGACGCUGGACGCGUUCCUGCAGGCCACGGACAUCCGCCUGACGCCCGGCGCGGACGGCCUGGCCUCUCCGGGGGCCGGGCCGGCGUUGGCCAGCAUCAACGUCAGCGACCUCGCAGCGCAGCCCAUCUCGCCGCUCGGGGAGGCUGGAGCGGCCGCGGCGACCCCGCGCCCUUCGCGGGCGAAAGCGACGUCGAGCGCGUCGCCGGCGCCGAGCCCACAACCCAAGGAGCGCCAGCGCCAGGCGCGGCAGCGGAAGCGGAAGAACCCGCCCGCAGUCGACGAGAAGGCUCUCAAGGCGCAGAAGCGCGCGAUGAAGAACCGGGAGAGCGCAGCGCGGUCGCGACAGAAGAAGCAGCAGUACAUCGAGUCCUUGGAGGAGAAAAUCAAGGAGCUGGAGGACAAGAACAGGAGGCUGGCGGAGCAGUUGCAGCGCGGCGGAGGUGCAGGCGGGGACGCGGGCGCGGGCGCGGGCGCGGGGGCCGCAGCUGCGCCCGCUGCGAACGGCGGGGCGGCGGACAGCGCGAAGAAGGCCGCGCCGCGGCGCGGGGGGCUGCGGCGCACCACGACACUGCCUGCUGGCAUGGGUUGA